UUCAGGCCAGAGGCACGGCGCUUGCUAACAAUGAAACACAGGCGGAGGCAGGCAGUGGAACUCUAGCCUGUGGUGCCUGUCAUUUAGACAGAGAGAUGGGUAGAUGACGACCGAGAUCAAUGGAGUCGAGGGCCCGUUGAUAGCAUGAAUGACAGGUAUCACAAGGCGGCCCGGGAUGGCUACCUGGACCUGCUGAAGGAGGCUACGCGGAAGGACUUGAACGCGCCGGAUGAAGAUGGCAUGACACCGACGUUAUGGGCCGCUUAUCAUGGCAACUUGGAGGCUCUGCGACUUAUCGUGGGCAGAGGAGGCAACCCCGAUAAGUGUGACAUAUGGGGGAACACGCCUCUCCACCUGGCGGCCGCCAACGGCCACCACAACUGCCUGUCCUUCCUGGUGUCCUUCGGUGCCAACAUGUGGUGCCUGGACAACGACUACCACACGCCCCUGGACAUGGCCGCCACCAAAAGCCACAUGGACUGUGUCCGCUACCUGGACUCCAUCGCCGCCAAGCAGUCAGCCCUCAACCCCAAGCUGGUGGGGAAGCUGAAGGAGCAGGCUUUCCGCGAGGCCGAGAGGAGGAUUAAGGAGUGUGUGAAGCUGCAGCGGAAGCACCACAAGCGUAUGGAGCGCAAGUUCCACAAAGAGGCGGCGUCGGAGCAGUCCAUGUCAGACGCCAUGAGCUUCUCCAGCUACACAAGCAGCUCUGUGAGCCGCAAACUGCACCACCUAAACACCACCACUGUCAGUGUGCCAUACUCUCAGGCUACUCUUCACGCCACAACCCGAGGCAAGACCAAGAUCCAGAAGAGGUUGGAGAAGAGGAAGCAAGGGGACGGGACCUUCAAGAUCUACGAGGAUGGCAGGAAGAGCGUGCGCUCCCUCUCGGGCCUUCAGCUGGGCAACGAUGUCAUGUUCCUUAAACAGGGAACCUAUGUCGGCCCUCGGGACCGCGCAGGGCGCCGCGGCAACCUCCGAGACAUAUUCCACGGAGACGCCAACGACGACGCCAUCUCUCGUGCCAUCAGCGAGCCGGACUUGUCUUACCGGCCCGACAUGGAACACUCUGAGGUCAGCACCGACUCGGGCCACGACUCUCUCUUCAACCGGCCCGGUCUGGGAACCAUGGUGUUCCGACGCAACUAUAUCAGCGGUGGCCUGUUCGGCAUCGGCGGGCGUGACGAGGGGAGCCUCGGCGGAGGAACCGAACGGGCUGGCAGCACCAACGUGCGGCUGCGCAGCCGGCUGCGGCGUUCGCCCAGCCUGGACGAUGGGGGGGACAGCAUCGGCAGUGCCAGCAGCCUCCGGGAAAGGAACCGCCAGGAGCUUCCCUGGGACGAGCUGGAGCUGGGGCUGGAUGAUGACUGUGAGGCCGUGACCAGCCCGUUGGAGGUGUUCUUGGCUGCGCAGACCAUGGGCGAGUUCCUCACCGUCUUCAGGCGGGAGAAGAUCGACCUGGAGGCGCUGCUGCUGUGCUCGGACCAGGACCUCAAGAGCAUCCACAUCCCCCUGGGGCCCAGGAAGAAAAUUCUAGAUGCCUGCAAGAGACGUCUGGAGACCCUUGAGGACCCUGACUACAUCGAGGACACCCUGCUGUGAAUGGUGAAUGACACUUUUGGAUCUGAAGAUGCUGUGUAGGUACUGUAUACCUCUACUACUGUGAUGUUCACCUACAGAGUAAACCUAGCCUACAGAGUAAACCUACACUACAGAGUAAACCUAGCCUACAGAGUAAACCUACACUACAGAGUAAACCUACACUACAGAGUAAACCUAGCCUACAGAGUAAACCUACACUACAGAGUAAACCUACACUACAGAGUA